AUGUGGGCGAGCUGCUGCAACUGGUUCUGCCUGGAUGGCUCCCCCGAGGAGAUGCCGCCGCCGCCGCCGGGAGCCCGCGCCCAGGCCUACUCCAACCCCGGCUACAGCUCCUACCCGUCGCCCACGGGCGCCGAGCAGGGCUGCACCGCGUGCGGGACGCGCCUCGCCACACAGCACGUCUGCUCGGACUGUAAAAAGAAUUUUUGCACAUCCUGCUCGAGUCAGCCCGACAGCGGUCCCCGUCUCUGCCACCUGUGUCAGCGCUUCCGAGCCACAGCUUUCCAGCGGGAAGAGUUGAUAAAGAUGAAGGUGAAGGAUCUGCGAGACUAUUUGGCACUCCGCGACAUUUCCACAGAGCUGUGUCGGGAAAAGGAGGACCUGGUAUUUCUGAUUCUUGGCCAGCAGCCUGUAAUUACCCAAGAAGAUCAGAUCCAAACACCUUCUUUGAAUAGCAGUGCCUCUGGACAGCAAGACUUUGUGAUUCUCCCACCGAGCAGCAGAGCGUCUUCUACCUCACGUGAUGUCUCUCCACUGUCUGCAGACCCCAUCUCAAGUCCACUAGCUCAGGAACAUCCACAGUCUGUUGACUCGGAAGAAAACCUGGUGCAGGGGCGGAGGGCUUCUCUUUCUGAUCUGACAAGCAUUGGGGAUAUCGAUGCGCUCACUGUGCGGCAGCUGAAGGAAAUUCUUGCGCGCAACUUUGUCAACUACAAGGGCUGCUGUGAGAAGUGGGAGCUGCUGGAGCGGGUGACUCGCCUUUACAAGGAGAAAGACCUUCAACAUCUAGUUUCUGACACUGACGAUCAAACUGGUGGUGCUGGGCUCCAUGGCGCAGAGGAGAACCUCUGCAAGAUCUGCAUGGACUCACCCAUUGACUGUGUCCUGCUAGAGUGUGGCCACAUGGUCACUUGCACCAAGUGCGGGAAGCGGAUGAGCGAGUGUCCCAUAUGCAGGCAGUAUGUGAUACGAGCUGUCCAUGUCUUUAAGUCCUAAGUGUCUAUAAGUAAGAAUGGUGAUGCCUUAAAGCCUCAUCUGCUCUUAGAGAAAGGGUCAUAAUCGCUGC